AUAAGAUUAAUACGUCAAAGAUAUUUUUUAUUUCGUUAUCAGAAAUUUUUUCUGAUAACAAAACAAAAUAUACUCUUAACGUGUUAAGAGGGGACAGCUUAUGGUAGACAAAGAAUUUGUAGAUACAAAUAAUACUAUUCUAAUCUAUUGGAUAAUACUAUUCUAAUCUAUUAGACCUUGACGUUUUAAUCAAAGUAAUACACACAGUAGCACUAAUUGAUAAGAGAAAUAUUUCCGUCUAGAAUGGAAAUGUUUUUUUGGAGAAUUAGGUUAUAAUUUUAGAGAUGAUACUUAUUCUUCUCCUCACGUAUACGAUAAACGAUUUUUUAUUACGGAAAAUAAACAGAAAAUAGACAAUAUAACACAGAGAAUUUUGAAAUCAAUUUUGAUCAUUAAAUUCGAAAUUUUAUCGCCUACAAAUACAAUAUAUUGCUAGUGUUUUCUCCUUCAAAUCGAAGCAUGCAAUGCUCCGUCUCGGCACACAACGAAUACAAACAGGCCCGGCAAUUGUAGUGUGGAAUCGUGGAGCAUUCUGCACCCAAAAUUUAGCUUAAUGUGAAAAUCCACAUCAAAGGAAUUUAAGAAUUGAAUUAAAAACUGUGAACUUUUUAAAAUGUAUACGCGAAUGCCGACCGAUAUUUGUGAUGACAGCUGCAUAGCAGAGAGUCAACUUUUAGGCACGUGGAUUCAACUUUUAUACUAUUGACUUUCAUUCGAAAGCAAGUGCUAUAAAAGAAGAAGAAGACUGCGAAUACAUGACUACAUAAUUAGACGGGCCAAAUCAGAACUAUGGAUAAGCGAAUCAAGUAUCUUAUAUCCAAAAAUAUGAACAAAAUACUUGCACUAGAAGAUACAUCUACGCGGAAUAACGCGCAGCGUGCUAGUUCAUCUCGCAAAGCAGAGUGUAAACAAUUAUAUGAUACGUUUGAUAAUUCUAUUCCCACCGAUCUUGUGAUAAAAGUCGGAAUGCGAUCUAUUUAUGUCAAUAAGUUUGUGUUACAAAAGAGUUCUUUAUAUUUCAGAAAUAUAGAUCGAUUUAUAACAUCCGAAAACGGUCAAGACGUUAUCAGGUUCGAUCAGUUUUCGUAUAUCAUUGUUUACAGCUAUUUAAAAUAUAUAUAUACCGGCGAGAUUAAUCUUGUAUCUUUGGACAAGAAAUUUGAUCUCUUAAUAAUGGCUGAGAAGUUCAGAGAAAUUCAUUUGAUAAAAAGUUGCUAUAAGAAAAUAAAGGAAGAAAUAACUAAAGAAAAUAUGAUCUCUGUUUAUAGAAUAGCGCAAAUAUAUAAUAACAAGGUAGUGCAGGAAUAUUGUUUUGAAUUCUACAUAGAAAAUACUACAGAUGUAAUCAACACAGACAGUUUUAAAAAGUUGGAUGAAUAUACGAGAAGCACUUUUAUAAAUGAAGCAAAAAAAACUUAUGGUUAUUACAAGCUAUGAUUCUAUUUGUUUUAAGAAAGUAAAAUUUUGAUAGAAGUAAUC